CUUUGUACAAAACGUCACGACGUUGCUAUGGCUAUUUGAUUUAAAUUCAUAGAUGAAAUCAAACGGAAUAUUGCUAUUUGCUCUUCUCUUGUUGAAUGCCCUAUGGGUGGCGACAAGAGGAAAGCCCCUCUCAGUUUGUUUCGAUGGCUGUGGUAUUGAGAACCGUGUACUCGAAUGUCUUCGGUUGGACAACUCAGAUUUGCCGAGAUUUGCGACCUGUGUAAAACAGCAAAAUGGACCCCUGGUGAUUGAUAUCCGUAAACACCAGUUAGACUGCACCUGCAAGUUUCUGGAUUUUGCCAAAAUGACCACCACAUCUGCUUCGAGAUUUGUGUUGUUUCACAGUACCGAGUGCAGUCCCAAGACCAUUCAAAAGUGUGGGAUGAAACUAGAUACCAAACCAAUGUCCAAACAGGCUGAUCCCUUCUAUGCGUUGUUUGGUGGACAGAUCUUUGACAUCUCUGCCUCUGACUGGAUGGACCAGUUGGUCAGUAUGGAUAAGCAAAAGAGAAGGAUUAUACAGUCUCUGAAGAAUCCGUUGGUCAGGGAAAAAUAUGAUGCAGCUCUGACCAUCUUAGAUACUGUUGAUACCGGUUAUCAGGAGUAUAAACCAUCUGAAGAGAAUGCACUCUACACAUCCUUGGAAAAGCGAUUUUUUUACUUCGUUUGUUUUGAUGCAGCUGCAAUGAUUCUCUUUAUGUUUCUUAUUUUAAGCAAGACCCAGCGCAGUACAACAGUUAUAAGUUGCUGAUUAACCAACAGUAGGCAGUAAUGUAAGAUCCAACGAAUGAGUCAGAACUUCCAACAGGACUAAAAAAACAGAAUUCAUGAUGACUAGUUGAUUUGUGAAGAUCAAGAAGUACAGUAUUCAUCAUGCUGCACCACUGUGAUGAAAUUCUCUUCCCAGCUAUCAUGAUUGAAUUUAUAGUGAUGAAUGUCUUCCCAGCUAUCAUGAUGAAUCUAGUGAUGAAUAUCUCUUCCCAGCUAGCAUGAUGAAUCUUGUGAUGAAUUUCUCUUCCCAGCAAUCACAAUGAAUUUCUCAUCCCAGCGAUUACAAUGAAUUUUUCUUCCCAGCAAUCAUAAUGAAUUCCUCUUUUUAGCUAUCAUGAUGAAUCUUGUAAUGAAUUUUUCUUCUCGGCUAUCAUGAUGAAUUUUGUGAUGAAUUUCUCUUCCCAGCAAUCACGAUGAAUUUUUCUUCCCAGCAAUCACAGUAAAUUCCUCUUCUCAGCUAUCGUGAUGAAUCUUGUGAUGAAUUUCAUUCCCUGCUAUCAUGAUGAAUUUCUCUUCCCUGCUAUCAUGAUGAAUUUCUCUUCCCUGCUAUCAUGAUGAAUCUUGUGAUGAAUUACACUUCCCAGCUAUCAUGAUCAAUUACUCUUCCCUGUUAUGAUGAAUUUCUCUUCCCUGCUAUCAUGAUGAAUCUUGUGAUGAAUUCCUCUUCCCUGCUAUCAUGAUGAAUCUUGUGAUGAAUUUCUCUUCCCUGCUAUUAUGAUGAAUUUCUCUUCCUUGCUAUCAUGAUGAAUUACACUUCCCAGCUAUCAUGAUGAAUUACUCUUCCCAGCAUUCAUGAUUAAUCUUGUGAUGAAUUUCUCUACCCUGCUAUCAUGAUGAAUUACUCUUCCCUGCUAUCAUGAUGAAUCUUGUGAUGAAUUUCUUUUCCCUUCUAUCAUAAUGAAUUACUCUUCCCAGCAUUCAUGAUGAAUCUUAUGAUGAAUUUCACUUCCCAGCUAUUAUAAAUCUUGUGAUGAAUUUCACUUCCCAGCUAUUAUAAAUCUUGUGAUGAAUUUCACUUCCCAGCUAUCAUGAUAAAUCUUGUGAUGAAUUUCUCUUCCCUGCUAUCAUGAUGAAUUUCUCUUCCCUGCUAUCAUGAUGAAUCUUGUGAUUAAUUACUUCCCAGCUAUCAUGAUGAAUUACUCUUCCCAGCAUUCAUGAUGAAUCUUAUGAUGAAUUUCACUUCCCAGCUAUUAUAAAUCUUAUGAUGAAUUUCACUUCCCAGCUAUUAUAAAUCUUGUGAUGAAUUUCACUUCCCAGCUAUCAUGAUAAAUCUUGUGAUGAAUUUCUCUUCCCAGCAGACACAAUGAAUUUCUCUUCCCAGCUAUCAUGAAGAAUCUCGUCGUUGCAUCACUCCACUGCCUUUUAUAGACAAACAGUCCCAUGCCACUCUUAUCUGCAACACAACACGUUAUUGUUCACUGCGAUGUACUAUCAUUCAUUAUCAGGAAACAUUUUCUUUUAAAAUCUAGAUUAGCAAUAUUUUUAGUCAAUUUAAAACUUGAUAGCAACUACUGUUUAAUAUUUUUAAAUUGUGUAGCGAUCUCUGAAACUUGCGUUGCAAAUUGCGACAUGAUAAUACUGAACAAAAUGUUCCCCGAUUAUGACAUAAGAGUUUUAUUGUAUUAAAUACAUUUAAACUGCACUGACUG